UUUGAGAACUGCAGAUCUUGGAAGAAAGGGCUAGCGCUUCCUAUACUCACUUCUGACUCACUGGUGACUCCCUUUUCCUCUCCAAAUUCUGCCUUCGUCUCUUCCUCUUCAGAUUGUAGUCUAGUGAUUUCAGCAUGGUGCUCAAUGUAUUGAUGAUGUAGCUCAUCAUACUUUUGUUGCAAGCUUUCCAGGUUGACCCACUCUUUAAGAGUGAAAUUUUUCAGCACUAAAUCCAAAGUCUCUUGGUCAACUGGAAGAGUUCAGUUUGAGAUAUUGUGAAUCUCAAUAAUUCUUUCAUCAAACGAAAGGUUUGGCCCAUUUCUAACCUUCUUAGCUAAGGAUGGCUUUUCAAAUAAUGGCACUAUUGGAGAGUUUGCUCGUUUCCUUCCCCCUAAGGCUGUAUUCAUACUCUCCCCCAAUUGGUUCGAAUUCUUUCCCAAACGCUGAUUUUUACUAAAAAAUUUAUCAUUUUCAUUCUUCUUCAUCAUUUUAGGCACAAACCUCGCUGUUUGUUUGCUAGUUCUCGAGCCUAGCUGGCGAUCCAUUCUGCUCAAGUCCUGUCUGGUUCUUUUUCUGCAAAAGAGGCUGUCAAGGAACCCUUUUAACAUUUUAUUAUAUUUACAAGUGUCUAAUUAA